GGAACGUAUUUUUGAUUCUAAAUCAAUUGACUAUUUCCGUGAACUCUACUUUGGCACGGAAACUAACAGUUCAGAUUAUUUGCGAUGUCAACUUGAAAGAGCUUACAGUGACCUUCUAUUUGUUUGUCCGACUUAUAUCUUUGGUCAUCAAUAUGCUUCUAAUUUAGGCAAACAGGGCGGUAAAGUGUAUGCUUAUUUCCACACACAGAGACCAAAAGCUUAUCUUUCUUUUUUUAACGAAUGGAUGGGAACAUUUCAUUCAUCUGAUAUUCCAUAUGUUUUCGGUUUACCUCUGAUAAAAUCUGGUUAUUCACAGAAAGAUAUUUCAUUGAGUCGUGAAAUGAUGAAAAUCUGGGCUCAUUUCGCUGAAAAUGGUAAGCCUCCAAUGGUUGGUGAAACUAAAUGGAAACCAUUCCAAGAAAAGAUAUCAGCAAUGAUACUAAACAUAGAUGAUUGGGGAAAAACUGAAACUGAAAGAGUGGAAUUUUGUCUCAAACAAUGGGAUUAUAUAUAUCCACACGUUAGUAAGAAAAGAAAUCAAAGUUCAUCAUUUUAAUUGUUUAUCCCAGAGCAAGUACCUAUGCAACAGGAAAACUCAAUUUGAAUCAAAUUUUCUUUAUUGUCUUACCCGACAAAAAAUGUGCUAUAAGAAGAUAUUAUCUAGGUUAUUGCUCAUUGAUUAUUUUUUAA